CUCUGAGGAAAGGCGUGGGCAGGCCUCCCUCGUCCUCCAUCGGACGCCGCCGCCGGACCCGCUGCUUGGUGGAGACGCAGCGAGAUCCUCUGUGAUUGGUGGAUAUAGUGGUCGUCCAGGAGGGAAUCCACGCUGAUUGGGUGGCACGUGAAUUGAAGAAAAAGUGAAAACACAAAAAAAAAGAAUUGUUAAAUUGAAUAAGUGUGUCAGCGGAAUGUUGCGGUGGUGAAUGUGCUAAAAAGCAAAAAACAAAAUAAAAAUGGGUGUGACGUGAUAUAUGUAUGUGAGCGAAAGACUUGCGAUCGAACGAAUCGACAUUUUGAGUGCAUAAACAAAACAAUCGACGAACAUUGUCGAAAACACGCGUGACGCUAAGGGACAAAUUCUUAGUGCAACAAUAUGGAAGGGGAGUUCACCAAAAUGACCGAAUCACUGGGACGCAGCUUCUCAUUUCGGUCCGAUGCUAGCUCCAGCUUCCUACGGGCAGCCAGGGGCGGCAACCUGGACAAGGUUCUCGACUAUAUCAAAAACGGCACAGACAUCAACACAUGUAACCAGAACGGUCUAAACGCACUCCACCUGGCCAGCAAGGAAGGCCACGGCCACAUCGUCAGUGAACUGCUCAGCAGAGGGGCAAAUGUUGACGCAGUCACCAAAAAGGGCAACUCGGCCCUGCACGUGGCCUCCCUCGCCGGCCAGGAGGAGAUCGUCCGUCUGCUGGUGCAGGCGGGCGCCAACGUGAACGCCCAGAGCCAGAAUGGCUUCACGCCGCUGUACAUGGCGGCGCAGGAGAAUCACGACGCCGUGGUGCGGUACCUGCUGGCCAACGGAGCCAAUCAGAGCAUCGCAACAGAGGACGGGUUCACGCCACUGGCCGUGGCGCUCCAGCAGGGCCACGAUAAGGUGGUGGCCGUCCUCCUGGAGAACGACACCCGCGGCAAGGUGCGGCUGCCAGCGCUACACAUCGCCGCCAAAAAGGACGACUGCAAGUCGGCCGUUCUACUGCUGCAGAACGACCACAAGUCGGACGUGACGAGCAAGUCUGGUUUCACGCCGCUGCACAUCGCGGCGCACUACGGCAACCAGAACAUCGCCUCUCUGCUACUCGACAAGGGGGCGGACAUCAACUACAUGGCCAAGCACCACAUCACGCCGCUGCACGUGGCCGCCAAGUGGGGGAAGGCCAAUAUGGUAACUCUGCUCUGUGAGCGCGGCGCCAACCAGGAGGCCAAGACGCGCGACGGCCUCACGCCGCUGCACUGCGGCGCGCGCAGCGGACACGAGAACGUCGUCGACCUGCUGCUCGAAAAGGGCGCCUUCAUAUCGGCCAAAACCAAGAACGGUUUGACGCCGCUGCAUAUGGCGGCGCAGGGCGACCACGUGGACGCCGCCCGGAUACUGUUCUACCACAAGGCGCCCGUCGAUGACGUCACCGUCGACUACCUGACCGCCCUGCACGUGGCCGCCCACUGCGGCCACGUGAAGGUGGCCAAGCUGCUGCUGGACCGUCACGCCGACGCCAACUCCCGGGCGCUGAACGGAUUCACGCCGCUCCACAUCGCCUGCAAGAAGAACCGUAUCGAGGUGGUGGAGCUGCUGCUGAAGUACGGCGCCAGCAUCGAGGCCACCACCGAGUCUGGCCUGACACCGCUGCACGUGGCCUCGUUCAUGGGCUGCAUGAACAUCGUCAUCUACCUGUUGCAACACGACGCCAAGCCCAACCACGCCACGGUGCGGGGGGAGACGCCGCUGCACCUGGCGGCGCGGGCCAACCAGGCUGAUAUCAUCCGCAUCCUGCUCAGGAACCGGGCAGAGGUGGACGCCAGAGCCAGGGAGCAGCAGACGCCGCUGCACAUCGCCGCCCGUCUGGGUAACGCCGACAUUGUGAUGCUACUGCUGCAGCACGGCGCCGCGGUCGACUCGACCACCAAGGACCUGUACACGGCACUGCACAUAGCCGCCAAGGAGGGCCAGGACGAGGUCGCCCAGGUGCUGAUGGAGCACGGCGCCUCUCUCUCGGCGGUCACCAAGAAGGGCUUCACGCCGCUCCACCUGGCCGCCAAGUACGGAAACAUGCGCGUCGCCAAAACGCUGCUGGCCAAGGACGCGCCCGUGGACGCACAGGGCAAGAACGGCGUGACUCCGCUGCACGUGGCGGCCCACUACGACCACCAGAAUGUGGCGCUGCUGCUGCUUGAGAAGGGAGCCUCCGUCAAGGCCACCGCCAAAAACGGCUACACGCCACUGCACAUCGCCGCCAAAAAGAACCAGAUGGACAUAGCCACCACUCUGCUCGAGUACGGCGCCGAGACCAACUGCGAGUCCAAGGCCGGGUUCACACCGCUCCACCUGGCCGCCCAGGAGGGUCACUCGGACAUGAGCACCCUGCUCAUCGAGCACAUGGCAGACGUCAACCAGAAGGCCAAGAACGGUCUCACGCCCCUGCACCUGUGCGCCCAAGAGGACCGGGUGCCGGUGGCGGCUAUCCUUGUGAAGCACGGGGCAGAGGUGGGACCAGAGACGGCGGCCGGCUACACGCCGCUGCACGUGGCAUCCCACUUCGGGCAGCUGAACAUGGUCCGAUUCCUGCUGCAGCACCAGGCCGAGGUGAACCCUGUAACUGCCGCGGGUUACACGCCGCUGCACCAGGCCGCCCAGCAGGGGCACACGCUCAUCAUCAGCCUGCUGCUCGAACACAAGGCGCAGCCGAACGCUGUCACCAACACCGGCCAGACGGCGCUGUCGAUCGCCCAGCGUCUGGGAUACAUCUCCGUGGUCGAGUCGCUGAAGGUAGUGACGGAGACGGUCAUCACCACCACCACCACGACGGUCACGGAGGAGAAGUACAAGGUGGUCUCGCCCGAGACCAUGCAGGAGACCUUCCUCAGCGACAGCGAGGAUGAAGGAGGGGACGAUUUUCUCGACUCCGCCGUGUACGGGCGUCCGUCCAAUGCCCAGCACGUGUAUCUGCCCUAUUACGAGGGUCAGAUGGAGCUCAGUCCGGAGGACCAGCCUGCCGGCGACUCCACGUACAAGUACCUCACCGUGGACGAGAUGAAGUCGCUCGGCGACGACUCGAUGCCCAUGGAUGUCUCCCGGGACGAGUUCUUUGACCGCUCGCACGACUUCCACACCGACUGGAUCAGCCCGGCUCCUCCCGUCGAGGAGACCAUCUCGCCACAGAAGAUCAAAGAGUCGUACGCCCAGUUCACGGGCAGUUUCGCGCCCGACAAUGUGGACAUCUCGCGCUCGCCAGUCACCGCCGGGGCCGGCGACCCCGCCGCGUCGGCCCCAGCAGCCGUCAAGUCGACUAACCCCCCGCUCCCACGCAUGCUACCGGCCAGACCUAAACUCAAGUGGAAGUCGUUCCUGGUGAGCUUCAUGGUUGACGCGCGAGGUGGCGCCAUGCGCGGGUGCCGCCACUCUGGGGUGCGGGUGAUCGUACCGCCCCGGAAGGCGGCGCAGCCCAUGAGGAUCACCUGCCGUUACCUGAAGAAGGACAAGUUGCUGCACCCUCCGCCUCUGAUGGAGGGCGAGGCGAUCGCCAGUCGAAUUCUGGAGAUGGGCCCGGCGCAGGCCAAGUUCCUCGGACCGGUGAUUAUCGAGGUGCCGCACUUUGCGUCUCUGCGCGGCCGGGAGCGGGAGAUCGUCAUCCUGCGCUCCGACAACGGCGAGACGUGGAAGGAGCACACACUGGAGGCCUCGGAGGAGGCCGUCCAAGAAGUCCUCAACGAGAGCUUCGACGGAGACGAGCUGAAGCAGCUGGAGGACCUGAACACGAGUCGCAUCACGCGGAUCGUCACCACCGACUUCCCCCAGUACUUCGCCAUCGUCAGCCGACUGCGCCAGGAGGUGCACGCGAUCGGCACGGAGGGCGGCAUGGUGUCUAGCACGGUGGUGCCGCAGGUACAGGCCGUCUUCCAGCCGGGCGCCCUCACCAAGAAGAUCAAAGUCGGCCUUCAGGCGCAGCCGAUCCCACCGGAGCUGGUGGCCAAACUGCUCGGGAACCGGGUGGCCGUCUCACCAAUCGUCACUAUAGAGCCCCGCAGGCGCAAAUUCCACAAGCCGAUAACCCUGACGAUUCCGGUGCCGCAAGCGGCCGCCAAGGGCAUGAUCAACCAGUACAGCGGCGACGCCCCCACCUUGAGACUGUUGUGCUCGAUAACAGGUGGCACGACGCGCGCCCAGUGGGAGGACGUGACGGGCAGCACGCCGCUGACGUUCGUCAACGACUGCGUCAGCUUCACCACCACGGUCUCUGCGCGCUUCUGGCUCAUGGACUGCCGAAACGUCACAGAGGCUACCGCCAUGGCCACCGAGCUCUACAAGGAGGCCAUCCACGUCCCCUUCAUGGCCAAGUUCGUGGUGUUUGCGAAGCGUCACGACCCGCUCGAGGGCCGGGUGCGCGUGUUCUGCAUGACCGACGACAAAGAGGAGAAGACACUGGAACAGCAGGAGCACUUCGUCGAGGUCGCCAAGAGCCGAGACGUCGAGGUGCUCGAGGGUAAGCCUCUGUACCUGGAGUUUGCCGGAAACCUGCUGCCCGUCACCAAAUCGGGCGACCAGCUCAACUUCAACUUCUACAGCUUCCGGGAGAACCGAAUGCCGUUCAAUAUGCGCGUCAAGGACCACACCCAGGAGCCCAUGGGACGCGUCGCCUUCAUGCGGGAGAAAAAGCUCUCCCGCCAGGACGCGCCUCAGCCCCCGAUCUGCAACCUCAACAUCCAGCUGCCGGCCGACAUCUGUCCCGAGGCUGAUGUAUCGGCGGACAGCGAGCUGCUGCGGCAGCGGCUGACUCCGCUCACUGUGCGGAGUAUCGGCAGGCUAGUUCGGCCGGAGAUCCACCGGGCGGAUAUUCGGAUAACGGACAUCGCCCACAAACUAGGGAAGGACUGGGUAGCGCUCGCGCCGCACUUAGAUAUUCCCGAGUCGGACAUCCAGCUGAUACAGACAGAGUACCCGGACGACUCGGCGCAGCAAGCCACUGUGAUGCUGCGACUCUGGAUGAACAGCGCCGGCCAUGACGCCACCGGCAACACGCUGGCGCGCGGCCUGCAGGCCAUCCACCGUGACGACAUCGUGACGGCGUGCAUCACCGACUCCGUGAUGGUGACGGACGCCAUGGAGGCCGCCAUGGCCAAGGCCCGGCUCGACCAGUCAGGUUUCGAUAGUCUGCGUGAGGAGUUGGGGCCCUCCAGAGACACCUCAUUCAGACCGGACCUGACGCUCGAUGACCGAGACAUUAUGAAGGAGGCAGAAAGUGUUGAAGAUGUACGAGUAUCAGAAGUUGGCAAAACCGAGCCUGUCAUCACGCCGCCCGGUGACGCCGACGAGCGGAAGUACGCCGCCGAGGAGAAGACGGUCUCCUCCGCCCCGGAGCCGGCCCCGGAGCCGGUGCCGGCGGCGCCGCGGCCCAGCCGACCCGUGGCGCCCAUCGCGCCCAAGGACGGCCCGGCCACCGGCCAGGUCACCGUUACCGACCUGGCCAGUCCCAUCGAGCAGGAGCGGGAGAUCGCGCCCGUCAAACUCGAACACCCCGAGGUGGCCGAACGGGAGGAAAAGCGGCGCUCCAUGGUGCUCAGGGAGCUCGGAGACGCCCUGGCUGAGGUGGAGAGGACCCAGCCGCCGCUGGAACGGCCCGACAGGGAACCGACAGACGAGCCCGUUGUCGAGGAGCCGGUCAUGGUCUCAGAAAAGAAGGGUCUCAAGUCACCGGUCACGCCCGCAAUGAUUGUCCCCACGGCUGCCGUGCGCACCCACACCGCACCCGGUGUCUCUGAGGCCCGCGAGCUGCCCCGCGCCCCCACUCCCCCCUCCACCCCCACGGAGCUGGAGCCGCCGCAGCCAGAUGGCAGUAAAACCACCGUAAUGCAACAAACGAGCGAUACCGUCACCGAAGACGGUCGAUUGGUGCAAAAAUCGACCACCAUCACCACAACCAGUGUCGGAGAAACCUCCGACCUUGUCGAGCGCCUCACUUCUGAAGGAGAUCUUCAGAAGUCCGAGGCUGCGCAAAACGUCGAGGAGAAAGAUUAUGCAAGUCCGAGAGCGGAACCUCUCGAUCCUUCACUACAAACACCUUUUCCUGAAUCCACGUCCAUACGAAACAUACGAUCGACUUAUGACGAACGCACGACAGCCACCACCACUGUGACAACGCGAGUUGCAGAGCGGGUGAUUGAGAGCAGUGGCAUCCAAGAGACUCUUGAGAGUUACUCAGAUCGCCGCAGUUUCUGGGAGGACGUCAGCCGUCGUUCGCAGGACACAGAUUCGCAAGAGGGGGCAUCCCCUCGCUCCAAAGAACAAAAACCACGACGACGCGACAGCCAGGACAGCAAGGACGAGGAUGACACCGAGCCUCGAUCGGACCCGCCGUCAUCUGGCGGCGAUGACGGAGCUGACGGCGGCGGCGGCCGGGGACUCGUCAACGUGGCAUUUCUGGGAGAACAGGAAGUGGACCGGAUCGACAGCAGUCUGCCGCGGGCGCCCAGUCCGUAUGAGGUGCCGCGAGAAGAUGAGGCUGAAGACGUCUCUGCCGCUGAUGUCGCCACUAAGCGCCAUCUGUUCGAACAGGAGAUUCAGCGUGAGACGCAGGCAGCGCGAAGGCCGUUCAUCGCCCGUAGAAGUCGGGAUGACUCGAGUCAGGCUACAGAUGACGACCAGCAGACGCUUAGCAUGGAUGAGGCCGUCCCACCUAUUGCCGAGAAAUACCAGCAUGAAGCUGAUGCGGUGACGACGACGAGUGAUGUCAUCGAGUCUCUGGGAACAUCUUCCAAAUAUGAGGCAGCAGAAACAGAAAAGGGCUCCUCAAGGGAGGUUGAAGAAGCUACCCAUGCUAUCGUUGAAAAGCGAAUGCGCACUGACAUUGUGAUGGAGGAGAUGGGUCAAAGUCUGGAAAGUCAGAGCCCGGAGAGAAAGCGGCUUCUUACCCCAGAGGAGGAAUUAGCUCGACAGCAGGAACUUGCCGCGUCCGCCGUCGUAGUGUCUGAGUCACAAGCUGCUGACGAAGAAGACCCUGAGGCAUAUGAAGCUAAAGAGUUUUGCACGGAAGAAUACUCUGAAGCGGAGUGUGCUGAGGAGGAGGAGGCCGAACGCAAGAUGCUGGCUGAGGAUGACGAAGAGCGACAGAAAAUACAGGAGGAUGAGGUGCGGUCGGAAACGCAGCCGAAUAUUCUGGAUGAGAUCGAAACCAAAUCGUUCGUUUCAGAUACUCAGAAUGACAUUCUUGAUGUUACUGAGGAGCAUGCCCCGGAGUCGGAAGUGCUGGACUAUCAAGAACCGUCCAUACGCGAGCCAGACGAAGAGCAGGGGCAUCGUGAACACCGUGUUUCCGAAACCGAACACAAGUACAUCUCUGAACAUCUGGAUCGUAUCGAUGACGUGGAUGAUGUUUUGGAAGCUGAGGCAGCCGCAAGUCCGAUGGAUGAUGAUGAACUGAGAGGAGUUCAUCAGCAAGUUCUUAGAAGUCCCCAACAGGAGCAUUACGCUGACGAGCCAUCGUCUAGCGCUGACGAAUCGCCCAAGUCUCGGGAUGUCGACGUUCCGGACGUCACACAGUCGGGACAGCGGAUGGACCUGGAGCUUCUGGCUCCGUCUGCUCCUGACUUAGAGUACGUCUCGCCGUCUGAGCCAACGCACUCGCUACCGCAGUCCUACCGACUGCAGAGUGAAGCGUCUGACUCCAGAUUCCAGCCUGAUUCAGGCUUCCAUGGCGAUGAGCAGGGUGCCACGGAAGCUGCAAGUGACGAUCAUGCCGUGAUGCUGUCUCCUGAGUGCCGAGAAGCUGCGGAAGAUAAUGAGGCGGCACCCUCCUCCGGAACAUUUGAGUCAUAUGCUUAUAAGCCAUCGACUGAACCAGAACAUCUCGAGCAUGAAGAAGAGCAUUAUGAACCAGGGCCUAUGACUCAAGAGGUGACACACUUGAAGGACGAUGAUGAGUCAAACUCUCAAAGGAUCCUGGUUGAGGAGGAAAAGAAACUGCUUAAAGAGGGAAUGGAGCUAAUUGGUGAGGAAAUUGAUCUUUUGGAAGAAACUGAGAAACGGUUGGAAGAAGAGAAGGAACAUAUUGAAGAGGAAAUGGAACACAUCUAUGAAGAAAGGAGACAUGUCGAAGAGGAGAAAAGACAUCUCAAAGAAGUGAAAGAACAAAUGGACGAGGAUAAACAGCACGUCGACCAGGAAAAACUGUUGAUGACUGAACAGAAAGAACUGAUCAAAGAGGGAAUGGAAAUGAUGGAAGAAGAAAUUGGAUAUAUGGAGGAGCAGAAAGAAUUGCUUCAAAAAGAGCGCGAAUACUUGUUUCACGAAGAGGAGCACGUUCAUGAAGAAAAGGAGCGCAUAGAAAGACAGAGAGAAACACUGACUCAUAUGAAGGAUGAAAUAGAACACGAGAAACUGCACAUUGAGGAGGAAAAGAUGCACAUUGAAGAAGAAAAGGAACAUCUCAGAGAAGUGAAAGAGCAUCUGGAAGAAGAAAGGAGUCAUUUGAUGCAUGAGCUUGAAGAACGUGACCCGCAUCGUGGCAGUGUCGAAGUAGAUGCGGCUGCGGCUCGAAAGUCGUUGGAUAUGACGGUGCGGGUUAGGCCGUUAGAUGCGCUGUCACCCGAAACACCGGCGGCAGCUGCCACUCUGCCCUCGCCCAUCCACGUAUCGACAGAGACGUUCGCCCAGCCUGUUUGGGAGGCGGCGCUGGAUCACGCCGAGCAGGAGGACACUGAGAUGGUUCACGACAUUCCCAUUGAACGGCAAACUGUUUUGGAGCGAGAGGAAGAGGUGUCUUCCAGCAGCGUUGGGGACUCGAGCGUGCGAGAGCACACGGAUGAAACGGAGGGCUUUGAGGAACAGACAAGAACACAGGCGAAUGGUGGAGCUGCUGGCGUGCCUCAGUCAAUGUCAUUUGAGGAUGCCCAGCGACUGGCGGUGGAAAUCGUGUCCGACAUCAAGAGCCGGCUGUCGGAGCACCCUGAGCUGGUGACUGGCGAGGAGUCGGUGACGGGCACCAUGACCGCUGUCGAGCCGGCGCGCCAGGACUCCGACGCACGCCUGCAAGACUCCAUGUCGUCCGAUAAGGUGACCACAGACUCGUCGGAGCUGUCUCGGCUCUCCGACGAGCAGCCGCCUGUGUUGCUGGGCGAUGAACGAAGCCAGCUGGAGUCGGAGGCUGCCGCAGAAUGUAAGCAGCCCGACGACAACGUUGAGGGCACUGAUGAUCUAGAAAGUCUUCCCCGACCGGCCCCAGAUUCCGUGUUCACAUCAGAGACACACUCCAAAGUGGACGAAUACCUACGUCAGCUGACUGAGGAGGGCAGUCAUGAUGACGAACACUGUACCAUGGUGCAGCAAGUGGUAGAACGUAAGGCAGCAGAUCUAUCUCGGCGACGCCAUGUCAACCUAGAAAGCCUCGAGAUCACCGAUGAGGACCUUCGCGAGAGUGGUAAUGACCUCUCGCCGUUGGAAAGUCACAUGGAGAGGCUACGUCAAAUGUCGGUGGUCGCCCUAGACCAGACUGAAUUGGAAGAGCUGCGUGGUGAAAGUGACCUCCCGUCAUCCGGGCACGAAGUCACCGAGCUCACUGAGAAGACGUCGGCGGAUGGCUCCACCACCGAACGGAGGCAGAGAGUCAUCAGCAGUGGGGAUUUCGAAGAAGGGGUAUCCGGUGAAAGGACUAUUUUUACCACCACAGUAGUUCGGUCAGAGGAGGACGACGACAUACACGGGAGUGUCACAGGGGAGGCGGCUCAUCAAGCAGAGGUGGAGACUCAGACGCAAAGACAAAGUAGACAAGAAUCGCUUGAGCCAGAUGUCUUUGAGGCUUCGGAAAAGGGUGCUGGUUCAGUUUCUUUUGCUGAUGAGCAAUCAUCGAAAUUGGCCACCGAGUUUUACCGAACCACGUCAACGUCCAGAGAAUCUGAAUCAACUUUUACCAAGUCAUUUGACGAACAACAAGAGCUGUUGUCCCGUUCCUCCGAAGAAGCAUCUGAAUUGAUCAGCAAGUCGGCGGAUGACACCUUCGAGAAGGGAACAGCAGAGACCGCCGAAAAGCUGCGCACUUCAAUCACUCGCUCUUCGGAAGAGAGUUUUAGUAAGUCGACGGAAGAACGAUCUGAGAAUCUGACUCGUUCCUCGGGGAAGCAUCUGAGGCGAUUACUCGUUCAACAGAGGAGACGUUUGAAGCAGCUGUGA